AUGAAUGAUUCCAGCAGGGAAAGAGUGAGAGUCGCCCAGAAGAAUGAUUUGAGACGUUGGACAGUUUCCCUUAUGAAUCUGCUACUGUUUAUCUUUUUAUCAUCAUUAAUAUUUGCAGGAGCUACUAAAGGUAUGAUCUCUUUGAAAGCUAUAUGCCUCAUCUAAGAACAUGAUGUUUAUUGUACACUACUAUUGUGCUGCAAAACCACAAACAACGGCCGGCCGGGGGGGGGGGGCGGGGAAUGAAAGUGACUAGCUCAGACAAUAAUCACUGUAUGGUGUCACUCAGAACCUCUCUUCAGCCGGACUCUUCUGUUCUCUGUUGAGUAUGUUUGGUGUCCUUUGUUGAAUAUUUUAAGCUCCUGCCCCUUUAAUUUCUGACACCACUCUACUGGCAACAAAAUUCAGCGAUUUGGGGUGUGUUGGUGACUGGAUACCUUGUCUUCCUGUCCACGCCUAUUAUUUGCCUUUUGUCUCCAUCUGUAGUCAUGUUAAGAAUAUGAGAAGAACCCUGAUGGAUCUGACCAUAGCUCCAUAUAGGCCAGGUAUACCUUCAACCUUUACAGACCCAGGACCCACGUUUAACCCAAACUCGCAUUUGGGGACCCACUUCUUAAAUCUAUUAAGCAUAUAUUUGCAUGGUGGUAGUGCUCCUAUUGCAACUCACCUUGGAUCAGACUGCAGUAUGUAGGACCAGCAAAUCCAGGACCAGGAUGUAGGCCAGCAAAUCGACUUCUCACAGUGACCACCCAGAUUCCUCCAUAAUGCCCACAUGUGAACCCAUGAAGGCAGUUGCCUUUCCCUGCUGUCAUUCCUCAGCCACUGAGAUUCAUUGGUAUAUCUAAAUCUGGAGGUUCCAUGUAGCCAUAAUUGACUGAAUCUAGCACAGAAGUUAGUCAUCCUUCAGUCCACUGGUUUCUGUUGCCUCAAGCAGACCUCUGAUGGAUAUUAAUAUCAUGACCUAAGAGAAAUCCAUUUGAAACAUAUAAACCUGUUAUAAUUAUCUUAGAGCCGGGCUGGGGAAAUCUUUGGCUCCCCAGACGUUGCUGUACUAUAACUCCCACUGCCCCCAUGUGAGUUGGAGCUGAUGGGAGUUGUCGCUUGGCAACUCCUGGAGGGCCAAAGGUUCCCAACCCCACUCUUAAGAGUAUUGGUCUUCAAUUGCUGGGUUGGGACCCACUGCCAAAGCAUGGCCUGAUCUAAGGCGUGGGUUGCAACGCUUGCACUAACAAACCUACAAGUAUAUGGUAUAACAUUAAGAAAUGGGUCCUCGAAUGCAUGUUUGGGUUAAAGGUAGAUCCAAGGUCUGGAAAAACUGAAGCCUAUUGUCUCAGAGUAUCGUUUAAAGGUCUGAUGUUGGGUUUGGAUGAAGAAUUCAUAGCAGGCUUCUGCUCUUUCAACCAUAAUUGAAUAAAGUGAUUUCUUUAAAUGUACCUCAUUUUAGAGAAACAUAAAGUUAUUAUUCGGAUAAAUCAUGAGAAGAAAGCGAACGAGGAGGAGGAGGCAGGAAGUACAAAGCACAUCAUCAUACACCCUGCUGUACAUAAGAUUUCUAUAAUGGAAGGUAAACUUUUUAUUAUUCUUUAUUAAAAAUAAAAAGAAUUAUAAGGCAAAAGACCAGCAACUUUUACAGCCUCAGAGGCCCAGAGUUAUUAAAACAUCUGAUCAACACUUAUGUAACAAAAAAUACCCCACUGUCACCUUAUGAAAAUGUUUAUACAGCAAACCAGUUUGAUAUGCAGAUAUUAAGGGACAAAUGGAAUAGCAUUAGGGAUGUCAAUCUCAACCAAGCAAAGGGAAACUGUGCUAAGUUCUAUAACAAGGGUGUUUCUGGACCUUAGACUAAGACUCGUACAAAACAAUUAUAUUUUGAAUUUACUGGAGUUAGGAAAGGGCUAUCUAAGACAUCUAGCUGCUGGAGAUGAUAAUGCUUCUUUAAAAUUUAUGUUCAUACAAUGUCCCACAUUGGUAUAUUUUUGGGAGAGGGCAGCAGAAAUGAUUAAUGCAACUGUACGGAAAAAUAUUAAAUUUGCAGAGGAAAAUAUCCUUUUGAAUUAUAUUCCCAGUACUUGGAAUCUAACUAAGGGGCAGUAUGGAAAAAAGACUAGUAUUGAUGAACUGGAAGGAAAAAAAUGUGGCUCUCUUCAACAAAUGGACAGAAGAUAUGUAUAAAUUCACAACGCAUGAACAAGUUGCAAGGGAUAAAGUCAAUGUAUAACAGUGUCCCCAGCUCCUCUAGACAGUUCAGAAGGAUGUCAUAGUCAAUGGUAUCAAAGGCCACUGAGAGAUCCAGCAGAACUAGGAAACAGCUAGUUCUGCAAAAUGGCGGACCUCCAUUUUCAUAUGGAGUAGGCAGUGGUAACAGAUGCUCCAUUUGGUCUUCAGUGUAGCUCCCAAUCAAAAGAACCCCUUUUUCUUACUUCAAGUGUUUGCUUCUGCAUGCUACGCAGCCAUGAGCAGCAAAACUCUACACUUGUGUACCAAUGAAUAAUAAUGGUACCAUUUUAAUUACAAGAAGGCUCCAGCUGUUCAUUCUCCUUGAUCUAUGUCUUUCAUGGCUGAUGUUGGAAUUUGCACAGCCAAACUAUACAAAAUAAGGAGAGUACUGCCAAAGUUGUCGUUCUUCUUCACACUGGGAAGAGGGCUAUCCCUGCACUUAGAAAACAAAGAACUACAGUAAGCCUGCAAAUUACGUGGGGGUUAUGUUCUGGGGAUCAUGCCUAAAGCCAAAAUUGCAUAUAGUCAAAAUGCACUGGGUUCAGUGGCAGGUGGGAUUGCCAAAGGCAUUUUUCCUGGAACCCCAGGAAAGUUGUGGGCUUAUUGUAUGUACAUAACAAAACAAUGGACAAAGAAAGUGGUGGGUGCAUUAAAAAAUAUUGCAUACUUCUGCAACUUUGUUACAGAAGUAUGGGAUAAUGAAGAAGUUGACAAACAUCCAUCCAGAGGUGUCUUUUUCUAUUGAGUAGCAGGUAAGGACAUAGUUCAGCAGUGCUUAAAACUAAAAUUUGUGUGUGAAUCCACAUUAUGUAUGUGCAUUUUGUAUUGCCCAUAUCUAGGACUGGGAAAAACCAUGUAAUUUUUCAUGGAGCCAUCACUGGGUUUUCAGGAAUUGGUACUACUGCUGAAAAAUGUUGGCAAUGUAUUUGUUGGGUCUGGGCCACUUUAUUCUUCCCUGCUAGUAUGCGAGAGAAACAAAACAACAUCUGUGGCUUAGCUUCAUGUCUGAGCUGGGAACUGUGGUCUGUUUUGCCUCAAACAAACUACAAUCUGUAGCUGAUAUUUAUUCUUAGACUACUGAUCAUUCAUCAGUAAAAGAAAUCAUAAUCCCCAGUUAAGACAUAAUACUAAGCCAGUUCAUUAACUAGAAACAAAAGGAUUGCUUAUUUUUAAGUGAUUGCUUAAUUUUAAUUAAAUUGCACAGUUCUUAACUUUACUGUAGGGCCACAGAAUCAUGAAGAUGUUGGAUUACAAGAUAAUGAAGAUGUUGACAAAAGUCUAUCCAUUGAUCACCUUUUCCAUCCAAUACCACGUAAGAACAGUUAGCGGUGAUGAAACCUGGAAAUCCCAUGUGGUCCAACCUUACAUAUCAUAUUUGCAUGUCAUGAUAAACCAUAGUUACUGGUUUGCACAAAAAGCGCAUUUUCAUGGCCCAUAUUUACAUUUUCAGGGAGCCAUCACUAGAUUUUCAGGAACCAAUUUAAAUUCUGAAGAGUUGAUAGUGACCUCAUUUGCAUGUCACAGUAAACCAUGGAUAAUGAAAACUGUGGUUUACUGUGAACACAUAGUUCUGGGCUGCUUUCCUUCUCUUUUUUUAUACCAAGUGAACACAGAACCCAUAGACUGCACACUGUCUUGUCACGCAGCGGGAGGGGGGUGGAGCAAAGCCAAAAUUUGACAUGCUGCCUUCCCAAAGCUGGGUAAGUGAGGCACUGGGUUUGGGGAGGGAGGUGUGAGGCUCUGGCAGGGUCCUAUAGCCCUUCUAUCUCCUUCCCAAAGCUGGGAAAGUGCUAACUGGCUUUUAGAAAGGAGGCAGGAGGACUCUAGGACCCUGUCAGGGCUCUCACAGCUCCCUCCCAAGGCCCAGUGUCUCACUUACCUGAUUCUAGGGCUGCUGUGGGCUGCACAUCCCAAAUUUACCUAUAUGGGGUGGGUGGGCUUAACCCCUUCCUGUCUGGAAUCUCCACCUGCAGUGAGAGUGUGGCAUAUUAACCCUUUCCUGCCCUGAGGGGAGAGGUUUAACUCUUCCCAUAGCGGUCUUUUUUUUUUCUCUUAGAAGGAAAAGCAUGGAGGAGGGGCCCAUUCAGUUACUGCCCUUUCUUCCCACCUACCCUCUACAACUGCAAUCUAGAGAUAGAAACCACUUACCUUUAUGAAUCAACUGGGGAUUUGUUUUGUUUUGUUUCAGACAAACCACAAUCUCAGACAAACAAGUUUGGAUUACUGAUUGUGAUUUGUUUGAGCAAAACAAACCACGGUCCCAAGUUUGGACAUAGUACAAAGCCAGUUCAUUAACUACCCAUGACCUAUGUUCAUAAGAAAUUAGUGAACAAGGAAUCUGAUUUAUUUUUUUAACCGAAUCACAUAUUUCUUAACUUUUAUUAUAGUACCACCAAAGAAUGAAGAUGUUUAUAAAAAUCAACCAGAAGAUGUCCUUUUUCAUCCGAUACCAGGUAAGGGCACAGUUAGCUGUGGAGAAACUUCCAUGUGAUCCAACCGUACAAAUAAUUCUUCAGAGGCCAUAUCUACUUAGGUCUCACUAUUGUUCAGUUACCAAAGCUACCAGAACACCUAGGCCUAAUCUCUGAUGCUUGCUAUGUAUUAUUUAUUUGGGGUACGGGCAACCCCCCAUUUAUGUGCAUUCGAUAUGCAUGCGACCACACAUCACAUCCAGUGUUUGAAACUCCCAUUGUUCUAGGCGCAUUUUGCAACAGGGAAUUUCCUAAGUGCGAGCAGUUUCUGAGCUUUGGGCACAGUCCUGUGCCUAAGAUUUCAGAUUAAAACUGCAGAGUGGAAGGAAAGGAGGACCUUUUUCUGCCUCCCCACUUCCAGUUAUUCUCUGAAGAUAGGAGAAGAGACCCUCUUAAGAACAUUAGGGGGUGGGCAGGGGAAGGACUAGACCAUGUGAAAAAUGAACAUAAUAUUUUAGCUGCAGUUCAUUCAUAUUCAGCUUUGUAUUCUUGCUAUAAAAAAGCACGCCUAGACAUUCCAUUGUUGCGCCCAUAACCUAAGUUUAUGGUGUCAAUUAGCUCCUAGCUUUCAUAUCUCAGUUUCUAACACUUAUCACAUCGAAGCCCGGAAGUGGUCAAAAAAGUCACAAAAGGGGGCAGAAUGGGGUGGAGGUGGAAUGGGGUGUUUGCAGGCUUUUUCAAUGGUGUUUCAAAUAUACGUGAUUUUACUUAAGCAUGCGGUGCCUUGGAACUUAACCCCCACAUAAAUGAAGGGUUGCCUGUAUAUACUUUGCUCCCAUGCCCCCUUUGGGAAGAUUCCUGUGGAUUUUCAGGAAUCAGUAAAAAGAGUUGACACUGACUGCAUUUGCAUGUCAUUAUAAACCAUAGUUAAAGGUUAGCUGUGAAUUACUGACCAAUUUGUUUGAAGAAAGAAACCAUGAGCCCUGGCUUGGACAUAAUGGACAGUCCAUUAGCUAUGCUUGAACUAUGUACAUAAGAAGUAUUGCACAAAUUAAAUAUUUGUUUUUAAUUGAAUUGCAUUCUUAACUUUUAUUACAGGACGAAUGUUUAAUGAAGACAGAUGUAGGCUGAGCCUAGUCCAUGCCAGGGAAUCGUUGGCCCGCGUCCUCAGAUCCAGAGAGAGAGCAAAAGAAAGCACCAGGAAAGAUCCUUCUUUGGAGGAAAACAGUUUAUUCUCUGUGCACAGAGACAGCCAGCAGAAUAAUUUCUGGAAGACUGGCUGCCCCGAAAUACGCCUCUGCAAACUUUCUUAUACCUUGAGAAAGCUCUCUCCCUCCUCCCCCCAAACGCCCUCCAGAAACUUCCCCAAUCAGCUGGAAAGUUUUCAACUUAUUUUUUAUAUGGCAUGGCAUAUCUAUAAUGCUAGCCCUCUAUGCAGCCCCCUCCCUAUUUUCCCUAUACGUGUCUUUCUAAGCGUCCUGCAUCCCCUCCUCCCGUCUCCCUCGUAUGUGUCUUUCUUAUCUUACAUUCCUAAAGUAAGAAAGCGAGGGGCCUCUGGUUAUUUCUAGCUUACAGUCUCCUUCAUAUGUGUCUUUCUUAUCUUGCAUUCCUAAAAUAAGAAAGCGAGGGGCCUCUUUUGCAGAAGUCAAAUUAGCUCAGAAAUUUACUUAGAUCCAAAGUACAGAGAAUAUAGAAGAUCCUUCUUAGGUACAAGGUACAAGGUAUAGAAAGCAUAUAGAAAGCAACCCUUCCCUCUCCCUUCACUCCCUCCUCUUCUUAUGAACAACCUAAUACUUAGGUUCGUUCUGGGGUAGGGGUCUAUAAUCUCUCAUGAAAGCAAGCACACGAGGUCCCAUCAUGCGAGACAUCAUCUUCUCCAUCAUACUUUGCAUACAUUGCAUCAAGCAGGGCAUACAGAAGCAGAAAAGCAAUAAAAGCAUUAUUGGACCUAUCACCAUAGUAAAUAUCCUCCCCAUCCAUCCACCUGGGAAGAUGCCGUCCAACCAAGACAUAUCCCAGCCCUCCCAGGUUUGUACAGGGACAUGUGCUACCUUUUCAAUGCUUGCUGCCAGAUCACGGAUAGCCUCGCCAUGGUCUGAAAUGUUGAAGCAACAUGCUCCACCUGUCAGGUUCAGGGCAGCACAAAAACCUCCUUGCUUAGCUAAAAUGAAGUCCAUUCCCAAACGCAAUUGGAGAAUAGCCGUUCGGGUUUCAUCUAGCUGGGUGGCAACAAGACGGAGGGCGGUGGCUGUAGCAUUGGCCACAACUUCCACCACUGCCUGGAGCCUGAUGAUUCGAUUGAGAUUGUAAAUGGGCUCUCUGGCACCUGCCACUAACUCAUCAGGGUUCCAGGAGGCAGGAUCAUAGUGGGCAAUUAUCCGCUCAGGUGGCCAUUCGUCCUUUCCCCAGGUUUGUUUACUACCCCCCGCGAUGUUGGAGAUAUCAGCAAAGCGGCGGUUACGAUGGGAUGGGGAAGAGGGUAUCCACAUUGGAGGUACAAGAAACGCUGGAAAGCAGACACCAUAUCCGUUCUGUGGAUAGAGGUGAUAAGCUUUUGUUCCACAAAUCCAAUAAAUAUUACUGCCGCGCUGAGAAGAGGUCCAGCUGGCUCGAGAACCUUCCACCAUGAGUGCAAGGUUGGUACAAGCCCCGCCACAUUCAGAGAUGUCCAAAGGACUACCACAUGUACAUUUACAUGAUGACCGUCCUAUAAACCUCGUAUAGUUGUAGACGGUAUUUCGGGUUUGAUUAAUACAGAACCAUCCAGAGACCCUAUAAACUCGUAAAGGAGCUGAAUGGUUCCAAUAAGGAGUUGGGCGGGAUGGACUAUGUGUAUAUUGGAUCUGAGAACGAUUGAGGGGUAUGGGGAGCAUGGGCAUUCCUCCUCCUCCAUCUAAGGGUCCAAGGGUACAAACUAAACAAGCAGUUUUAUUUGCUUCAUGGGCUACUAUUUCUGCCAAUUGAAGCCACUUGUUAUAGAGACUCUGAGCCCCCUGUUUUCUCAUUUCCUGUGUGGGGAAAAUGCUAUUACGAUUUAAGACCUGGAAGCAUUCGGCCUUGGGAAUAGAUUCUCCCAUCAUAAAUAGGAGAAGGAUCAUCAAGGGGAUGGAGGGGAUCGCUUCCUUCCAAAAAACCUAUGGCGCUCGUGCCAACAGAAAUACGAGAGCAUCCAUAUGACAAGGGCGAUACAUAUCACUCCUAUCCACCAAACCCAAUAUCUCCAUGGUUCCUCCCACCAAAAAUCAGGGUUCAUUUCUAGUUUUCUUUUACAGCUGAAGGGCCCACUGAUACUCGUAUUCAACUAUUUCCUGGGCCUCAGGGGUAACUUUCCACUUCUCUGCUGAGGCACCUACUAUACGGAGCAAUUUCCCUACAAUCCCUUGUGGGUGGACUGGGCUCUCGUGUUGUCUCUUCAAGAUAUUAUACCCAAAAGGGGCUCCUCCCUCUUCAUAUAUCAGCAUGCACCCACAGGAAUAUGUCCACCCCUGCAAUGGCCUGACACUUGGGGUGACUAUAUCAAGGGUUCCGGACCCAAUACCAAAAGUCCGAUUGGUGCCUCUGAAUUUGCUGGAGAGCAAGUUUCUACGUUGGGGACGCUGCCCGCGGGCGCCCUCCCAUCCAAUUCUUCAGCCGUGCGUAGAGAUAUCAGCCUCCGGAGUGAUAUCAGCAGGGCGGUUGUCUACCGGGCGUCUGGAGAUGGUCAGCCGAAGGGAAUUCUCUGGAUCUGGUGUUACUGUCCAGUCUGAAAUGGCUUUCUUCACUCGAGUAUGGUGGACCCACGGGGUGAUGCCGGCAACCUUCACAGCAGUAGGGGUAGAGAGUAGCACAGUGUAGGGUCCCCUCCAGCAGGGCUGUAGGGGGGCUCGCUGCCAGUCUUUCACCCACACUUCGUCACCUGGCUCGAACUGAUGGAACGGUUCAGUUAACACACAUGGGGUGCGAGCCUGGGUCCACCUGUUGAGGUAAGAGAAAACUUGGGAGAGUGACUGUACAUAGUUAUUCAAUUGUACAUCUUGGCUAGCAUAUGGAGUUAACAUUCUAACAUAUGGAACUGGUCUCCCAAACAUAACUUCAAAAGGUGACAAAUGGGUCCGUUUUGACGGGAGACUGCGGACCCUGAGUAAUGCCAAGGGCAACAUGGUCACCCAAUUAGACCCGGUCUCCUGUGUCAGCUUGGACAGCUGAUUCUUUAGAGUUCUGUUCAUCCUCUCUACUUUUCCAGAACUCUGGGGUCUAUAAGCAGUAUGCAGCUUCCAGUUGAUCUGGAGCGCUUUUGCCAGUCCCUGUAGGACUGCAUGAACAAAUGCUGGUCCAUUGUCAGAUCCUAUGGACCUUGGCAGUCCAUAGCGAGGAUGAUUUCCCUAAGCAGGCACCUGGUUGCUUCAAGUGCCUUUUCAGUCUUUGUGGGCCAUGCUUCAACCCAUCCGGUGUAGGUGCACACUGCUACCAGCAGGUAGCGGUGCAGUCCACAACGGGGUAAUUCAGUAAAGUCCACGACAAGAUCUUCCAUAGGUGCAGUUCCACUGUGCUGAAUCCCUGGGGGAGCCAGUGGUCCGGCUCUGGGAUUAUUCUUUUGACACAGCAGGCAUUUCCUGGAGAUCUGGGCUGCCAGUUGGUAAAGGUGGGCUAUAUAGAAGCAUUUUUCCAGCUGCUUGGUUGUAGCAUCUGGUCCUAUGUGGGUUGAAUCAUGGUAUCUCUGAGUAACCUGCCGAGAAAGGGACUCUGGAAUCCAUAUCCUGUCAUCAGGGGUAAGGUACCAUCCUUCGUUGGACAACGUCAACCCCUGAGCGUCUGCAGUGUCCCUUUCCUGCUUCGUAUAAGCUGGCUUGUCAGUAGUGCUUAAAAUCUCUUCUGGGACCAGUGCUCCAAUAACCGAGGCGGGGGCCAGUUCUUGGGCUGCUUCCUUGGCUACUCUGUCUGCCAAUCGGUUUCCUCUGGCCACUUCCCCUGGUCCAGUCUUGUGUCCAUAACAAUGGAUAACUGCCACUGCCUCGGGCUCCCAUACAGCAUCCAGAAGGUUCAAUAAGGCUUGUGGGUGGGCCACCUGGCUUCCUCUGGAGGUAAGCAAACCUCUUUCUUUCCAUAAGGCUCCAUGGGCAUGUAAAGUCAGGAAUGCAUACUUAGAAUCUGUAUAAAUGUUUAUCUUCUGUCCCUUUGCCAGGCUCAGGGCUCUGGUAAGCGCAGUUAGCUCUGCCAGCUGGGCCGAUGUUCCAGGUGGGAGUGACUUUGCUUCGAUCACCUGGUCUUCCAGGGCAACCACUGCAUAGCCUGCCUUCCGCUGUCCAGUCUCAACAAAGCUGCUUCCAUCUACAAACCAUGAAGGCCAGUGGGGUUUGCCUCAUCUUUUAGGUCAGGUCUGCUGGAAUAUACUUCAUCCAUCACUUCAAUGCAAUCGUGCAUCUGCUCCUCACCUUCUCCUACCGGCAACAGGGUAGCUGGGUUGAGGGCGGUGGUAACCUGGAACUUCAAACGCGGGUGCAACAAUAGCAUCUGGCACUUUCUCAUUUUUGCUUGGGAGAGGAAAUAGGUACCCUUCAUGUCAAGCAGAGCUGGGACUGCAUGCGGGGUCACACAAACAGUGUCUUGGCCAAAAGUAAAUUUGUCUGCUUUGUGCAGUAGGGUGGCUACUGCCACUACUGCUCUCAUGCAUGGCGGUAAACCUUGUUCUGUAGGCGUCAGGCGCUCAGAUAGGUAUGCCACGGGCUGCUGCCAGCUUCCCAAUUUUUGGCAUAGCACUCCCUUUGCUGUUCCCUGGUCUUCAUCCACAAAUAGGGAGAAAGGCUUCUCAGGAUUUGGGAUGCCCAGCGCUGGUGCUUGCUGCAAUGCCUUUUUCAGAUCCUUGAAGGCAUGCUGUUGCUCUUCUCCCCACACAAAGGGGUCCUUUUCAGUUCCUCUGGUUGACUCAUGCAGAGGCUUGGCAAUUGUGCUGUAGUCUGGUAUCCAUAUUCUACAGAAUCCUGCUGAGCCCAGAAAGCCGCGAAGUUCCCUGCGAUUCUUUGGCUCUGGAAUCUGGAUGAUGGCUUGCUUCCUUUCUUCCCUUAGGGUCCGUCGCUGAUGGGAUAUAUCAAAUCCAAGGUAUUUCACGGUGGGUUGACAUAUCUGGGCCUUUUCUUAGAUACUCGGUAUCCUGCUUCAGCCAGGUGAUUUAACAAGUCCUUGGUGGCCUCCAUACACGUGCUCUCGUCUGAACAGGCCAAAAGAAGAUCAUCCACGUACUGCAUCAAGACUCUGCGCGGACUGGUGGGGAAGCUAGACAGGUCCGAGGCCAAUGCAACCCCAAAAAGGGUUGGAGAAUUCUUGAAGCCUUGUGGAAGCCUCGUCCACGUGUAUUGCACCCUGGUGCCUGUUCCCGGAUCUGUCCAUUGAAAUGCAAACAGGGGCUGACUUUCUUCUGCCAGGCGGCAACAGAAGAAUGCAUCCUUCAAGUCCAAUACGGUGAAAUAACAUGCGGUGGGAGGUAUUAGACUCAACAGCGUGUAAGGAUUGGGCACAUUGGGGUGGAGGGUCUCCACGGCCUGGUUGACUAAUCUAAGGUCUUGGACCGGGCGGUACGAGCCAUCUUCCUUCUUCACCGGCAAGAGUGGGGUGUUCCACUGAGAUUGACACUGCCUCAGGAUGCCAUGGCGAAGUAACCGUUCCAAAUGUACCCAUACUCCUUCCGCAGCUCUUCGGGGAUCGGAUAUUGGUUCACAGCCACAGGGUUGGCGAAUGGCUUGGGCUUGACUAUUAUAGGUGGGAUGUUCUUUGCCAUUCCGGGCGGGUUGCUUUCUGCCCAUACACCAGGGUUAACUUCUUGCAGGAGGUCUUCUGGAAUAAUCCCCUCCUCUUCUUCUACCAUCAUUAAGCGCCAGUGUUCCCUCAAGGGUACCUCUAAGGAGAACUCUCCUGCUUGCCCUGUAGUCAUUGUCACUUCUCCUGUCGGUUGGAAGGAAAUCUGGGCUUGCAAUUUUGAUAGCAGGUCUCGGCCCAACAAUGGGAUGGGACACUCUGGUAUAUACAAAAACUUGUGUUGGACCACUUGGCCGCCCAGGCGACAGGCAACAGAUUGCAAGAAGGGGGCUCUUUGUGAUUUGCCUGUAGCUCCUAUUAUGUUAAUUGUUUGCUUGGUGGGCUUGGACACUGGUACUGGCAAAACAGAGUGGGCGGCUCCUGUGUCAACCAUGAAGGGGAUGGUUCGGUUCCCUGUUUGUAUUUUGACCAUGGGCUCACGGGAACCUAAAUCAGCUGGGCCCGGUCUGUCCUAGUAUUCUUCCUCCUCCUCUCUCAGGCUCAUCGCGGCGGGCUGUCUUUGGGCUGGAGGGUGCCAGGGAGGUCCCUGUCCACGUCCUCUACCCCUGCCUGUAUUUGCAGAUGUCCAAGGUCUCAGUUCUUGUCCAGGUCCCACGGGGAUUGGGCCUGGGAUUCGCUCUCCUCGUCCUCCUCCACCUGAGUGAGCUUGUGGGCAUUCUCUUUUCCAGUGCCCUUCCUGCCGGCAGAUGGCGCACUGGUUCCUCCCCAGACGGCCUUGCCCUCCUCCCCGGGCACUUCCUCUUUCCUGAGGGGUGGGUGCGGUAGCCUGUAGCGCCAUCAACUUCUUUGCUUGAUACUUCUCCUUUUUCUUUUGUGCCUCUUCCUCCCUCUGAUUAUAAGUGGUUUGAGCCAGUUCUAACAUCCACUCAAGGGUGUGGCCCAUGAACCCCUCGUGUUUUUGAAUCUUUCGGCGGACAUCGGGCGCCGCUUGGGCCACAAAGGCAGCUUUUAUGAUAGGGGCGUUGGCAGCCUCAUCUGGGUCCACAGGAGUAUACUGGCGGUAGGCUUCCUUCAGGCGUUCUAAAUAUGCUCCUGGGGCCUCUUCAUUCCCCUGCACUACCUCUCUAACCUUCACAAAGUUGGUGGGUUUCCUAGCUGCCCUUCUCAUACCAUUUAACACAUUCUGGCGGUAGGUAGUGAGGAUGUUCUGGCCAUCAACAGUCUGAUAAUUCCAAUUCGGGGUGUUUUCUGGAUAUCCUGCUGCCAUAGCUGGAUCCUGCACUCCCUGCGCUCUCAGGUGUGCUCGGGCUUCAGCAUGGAUUCGCCUAGUUUCUUCUGUGGUUAGCAGCGCAUCCAUCAAAUACUGCACAUCAUCAAAGGUGGGAUUAUAAGUUUUAAAAAUCCCUUCAAACAGCUUUAUGAUCUUCGCUGGGUUUUCCUCAAAAGAUGGGUUUUGAUUUCUCCAGUUACAGACAUCUGCACUUGAAAAGGGUAUAUGCUGGACCGUAUAGGUCCGUUCUGCUGCUGCUCCAUUAGUCCCUGGAGGUCCUGGUGGGUCAUAAACCCUUCGGAGGGGCAUUACUCCGACCCCACCCUUUUCUGUGCCUCAUGGGACUUAUGGAAGGCUGCCCUGGUUGCUGCUUCUAUCCAUUCCCUCUGCCAUUUCUUCCCUUGUGUUGAGGAGCAUCCUGCUGCAGCCAACACGUGGGGGCUAACAUCCACUUCUUCUGCAUAGGGUUGUACAUACUGUUGCAAUCUCAAAGACUGAUACUGAGUCCACUCUCUUCCCUUCUUUGCUAACUCAACCAAUCCCUUUACAAAUUCCUCAUCAUCGUCUUCUUCUUCUUCUGAUUCAUUAGCCUUGGGGGGUUCAGGCUGGGGGCUAGCUCCUCCCGGUGCCUGGGGGCCUGGGUCCAGGGGAGGGGCAGUUGGUGGAGCAUAGGGUGGAGGUGGUUUAAUGACUUCCCCUCCUCUUCUUCUGGGUCUGGUAUCACUGGGGGCUUUUCUGACGUCCCUGUCGGUCGAACUGCACAAACUGUACUUUGUGGGCGUCGCCUCGGCAGGCUUUCAACCACGAUGGGUUCUUUUCUACAUUGGUUUUCCAAGUAGAAAUGUAGGGGAUCUGGUCUGGGUGGACGUUCAAGAUAUUUCGAUACAGUGGGUUGAUUAGUUGCAAAUCGAAGCUCCCCUCCGAGGGCCAGUUAGUUUGUUGCGAGGGCCAGUCAACCUCACAUAAUGUUCUCAUCCUCCGUUGCCUCAAUUUGAUUCCCCAAUCAUCAUGCUUUGUGGCUGCUUUCCAGUUGUUUAAAAACAUUCCAGAGGACUACAUUGGCUUGCCCCAGACCCCAUUUUCAGAUACUCUGCUGCUAACAGGUUGUAAAUUCUUUCACUCUACACACACUACAGCCCUACAAUCGCUCGGCCAAGGGGGACACUAAGCCCUGGCCCACACUUGACAAUUCAGUCACUAGAGUAUCUGACAUGCAACAUACAACAUACAAAACACAUCAAUAUAAUUUCAACAUGUAACACACUAGACACACCAAAAUAAUUUCAGCAUGCAAUACACAAAACACACCAAAAUAAUUUCAACAUGUAAUACACAAAACACACCAAAAUAAUUUUCCCCUCUGUUCCCCCCCUUUUUUUUUUUUUUUUUUUUUUUUUUUUUACCAAACCUUACCGGUGGCACACCACUGCCACGCCCCUUUUUUUUUUCCUUCCUGGCUGCACUCUACUGCAUAACCAGGUGAGGCUGAUCAGGCCUCCCUCUUUUCCCUUGGGCUCACGCCCACGCCCUUUCCCUUGGGCUUACCGUUUUCUGCUGCAGAUUCCCUUCCCUGGCCAGUCCUCUUUCCUCCCUCGACCUGGGUCCUUGCUCCGGAGCGGUGUGGCUGGCUCCCCACAAAUUGGCAGGGUGCGCGUGGAGCCUGCAAUUGCCGAUCCGAGCUGUCCACCAAGGUCGAGCCUGGCUCUCCCCAGCCCUCUGAGGUGGGGCAGAUUCCCGGUCAGGGAACCAAGAUGUAGGCUGAGCCUAGUCCAUGCCAGGGAAUCGUUGGCCCGCGUCCUCAGAUCCAGAGAGAGAGCAAAAGAAAGCACCAGGAAAGAUCCUUCUUUGGAGGAAAACAGUUUAUUCUCUGUGCACAGUGACAGCCAGCAGAAUAACUUCUGGAAGACUGGCUGCCCAGAAAUACGCCUCUGCAGACUUUCUUAUACCUUGAGAAAGCUCCCUCCCUCCUCCCCCAAACGCCCUCCAAAAACUUCCCCAAUCAACUGGAAAGUUUUUAACUUAUUUUUUAUAUGGCAUGGCAUAUCUAUAAUGCUAGCCCUCUAUGCAGCCCCCUCCCUAUUUUCCCUAUACGUGUCUUUCUAAGCGUCCUGCAUCCCCUCCUCCCGUCUCCCUCGUAUGUGUCUUUCUUAUCUUACAUUCCUAAAGUAAGAAAGCGAGGGGCCUCUGGUUAUUUCUAGCUUACAGUCUCCUUCAUAUGUGUCUUUCUUAUCUUGCAUUCCUAAAAUAAGAAAGCGAGGGGCCUCUUUUGCAGAAGUCAAAUUAGCUCAGAAAUUUACUUAGAUCCAAAGUACAGAGAAUAUAGAAGAUCCUUCUUAGGUACAAGGUACAAGGUAUAGAAAGCAUAUAGAAAGCAACCCUUCCCUCUCCCUUCACUUUGACAGAAGUCCAGUAAAAGAUCUCUUUUUCCAACCGGUACCAAGUAAGCACACAAUUUAGCAGGGGUGAAACCUGAAAUUGCCAUAUGAUCGUACCUUACAUAACAUUUGCACAAAAGAUGAACAUUUUGUAUUGCCUAUAUUUAGAGCUGAAAAAUAGUUAAAUUUUCAAGGAUCCAGCCUUGACUUAGCUUUAUUUCUGGCCUAGAGAUUGUGGUAUGUUUUGCCUUAAACAAACUAUGAUCUGUAGCCACUGCUGCUGCUUCUUUUAGUGAUAAUGAUUUGUUAAAGCAAAAGAACCCAUCCCUACAUCAAACAUGAUGCUAAACCAGAUCAGUGCAUUCACAGUUAAACAUCAACUAUGGAUUACUUGCAGGGGUCACCAGCCUGUGACCUGCAGUGGUGUGUCACUGAGCAGGUGCCCCAGACUGAGUUUUCAAUUACAAAAAAAAAAAAAAAGGCCUCAAGUUCUCCUAGAAAGAUAGAUAAGGGGCAAAUUGUGCAGGUACCUUCUAAAUGAUUUCUGUGAAAUGAGAGUGGUGUGGUUAUCUUGUAUAUUUUCCUCAGUACUGUACAGUGGAACCUUGGUUGUUGAACGUAAUCUGUUCUGGAAGACCGUUCGACUUCCAAAACGUUUGACAACCGAGGUGCAAUUGCCGGUUGGCAAAAUCCAUUGAAAAAAUGGAGAAACGUGUCACAGCUAAAAUGGCCGCUGUUUCUUUAAUGCGAAUAAAGCUGGGUCAGCAUGACUCAGCGGCCUGCAGCAGGUUGUAUAUAUAAAGUGAGAAAUGUUAGUUUGUGCUGAGGCUGGUGUUUGGGUUGGUUAGUGCUGGUGUGUAUAGUUAUUCAGUCGUGUUUUGCACAAAGACUUUUAAGAAUAAAACUCUGCAAGGAUAUUCUCGUGGACUCUUUUUGUGCCGACAAGGGUCCGAGGACCAGGCUGAGGAGACAAAGGGAGGUCAGAACCUUUCCCUCCUUUUUUUGCUUUUUACAAACACUGACAAAACGCGCCUCAGAAGCUGUUCGACUUCCGAUGCGUGUUCGAAAAUGGAAGCAUUCACUUCCAGGUUGUUGGUGUUCGACAACUGAAGCAUUUGAUUCCCGAAGCAUUCGACAACCAAGGUUCCACUGUAUUGAGGAACACACUCUGUUGUUACUAGACAGCAACAGCAUCAGUGAGUGUGUGUGUGUAUAAUCUCCAUAAUUAGGAACCAUUAAGACAUAGCUGACUUCCCAUAGUAUGUGCAUAAAGUUGUUGGGAGUGAUUGUCUCUCUAAUUUUAUUAUGCCAUGCCCCCUCCAUGGCAGUCAUUUUGUGACUGGUAGGUACUCUAACACUCUCUCAAAGUUCAAAAUCUGCCUGCUAGUCAAAAAAUGUUAGUGACACCUGGUACAGUGGUGCCUCGCAAGACGAAAAGAAUCCGUUCUGGGAGUCUCUUCGUCUAGCGGUUUUUUCGUCUUGCGAAGCAAGCCCAUUGAUGGGAUUAGCGGAUUAGCGCUAUUAGUGCUAUUAGCGGCUUUUAGCGGCUUUUAGCGGCUUUUAGCAGCUUAUCAGCUUAUCGGAUAAGCAGAUAAGCGGCUUAGCGACUUAGAAAAAGAGGGGGGAAAGGGGGAAAAAAAACCAGGAACUCGCAAGACAUUUUCGUCUUGCGAAGCAAGCCCAUAGCAGAUUCGUUUUGCGAGGCACCUCCAAAACGGAAAACUCUUUCGUCUAGCGAGUUUUCCGUCUUGCGAGGCAUUCGUCUUGCGGGGCACCACUGUAGACUGUGACAUGUAAACUGGGUUACUUUUUCAAAUCCCUGGGAAUUUUCUAUCCAGAGGAUCAGGUAUCUAGGAUUCCUGCAGCCCUGCCCAUAUAUUUUCAACAUGUGCUGUCAAGAUCUCUCAGAUAAACCAAGAAUACACUUCUCUCUAUGACAUCUGUGCACCAAGUCCAAAUGGCAAAUGCAUGCACAAAAGUGUUUUUGGAUUGCUCCCCCAUAGUGGAAUACCCAUUGCCUGGAGAACCACUAUAAGCUAAAUCUUUCAGGAUUUUUUUUCCAGUCUGGGCUGGCUUCAGAAAAUCUACAGUAUAACAACAAAGGCAACAAUGGCAACAACUGCAGAUAAAACAGUGACCUAUACAAAGAUGUACAAUAAGCAGUUUUCAACAUAUAUUUAUAAAAUUAUAUUCAGAGCUUGAUGAUGAUAACUUACUUAUAUAGUGAAUAAUUGGUUUCCAUUCAUUUGUUCAUUCAUUGCUAUGCCGAUGAAUCUGUUGAUACUUGUAAUUCAGUUAAUUUAACAACAACAAAAUGCUUGGUACCACAUCUUUUUCUUUUUCCAUCAUUUAGCAAAAAGAACGCUUCAUAAAGUUAAAAUGUAUGGUUUUAAUUCUUGCUGAUCACACAUUGACUUCUUUUCAUACAGAAUUUGGUAAGCAAUUUAGUGGAUUUAAAGGUAAACAGCUGUUUCCAUUUGAUUAAUUUUAAACAACUGCCCUGCCUUAAGUUUCAGACAAUGCAGAGAUUGAGAAGCGCAUACAACUUGUCUCCAAAGAAGAAGAAAGACCACGACCCCGGGAACAGAUACUGUUGGCUGUAUCCUCAGCAACUCUGUGUGUCUUAAUAUUGCUUACAAUGCUUUGUGGUAUGACUAUAUACCAAUGUAGCAAAAGAAUUAGGUAAGUCUUCCCAUCACACAAAUGAUGAAUUCUAACGAUCCACCUGUAUAUUCUGUAUUAAUAGUCAACACAUUAUCUAAAUGUGGUUCCUUGUGUAGCCAAAAUGGCAUCAUCCACACACAAGAGGAAGGCAUCAGUAGGCUUGGGGGAAUCCAAAGGUUUAGAGAAGUAUUUUUUUUAAAACCCCACAAAAAAACCUAAUUUGUAGUAGAAGAGGCAAAACAACUCAGUCAAGACAGAACAUGCUCAGUGGGCGCAGAACACAGGCUAACUGCUAUAGGGGCAGGGGAGGAAGAGCAAUGGAAUGGAGUAUCCCGGAAGGCGGAAUACACGGUUAACUGACUCAAAUCCUGGAAUGGGAACACUCCAUCUUGCAACUUUAUACUUAUAGGUCCUAUAUGUUCUUGCUCUGAUAUUAAAGGGGGGCAGGGCCCUGCCACUAGGGGCAAAAAGCUGCCUGUCCCUUUUUAACAUACAUUUUUCGCAUCUCCCCUAAUAUGCCUGCAUGCUGCCAUCUCCACAUGGAAGUGGCUUGGUAAAGCAACUGUUUGUCAGAUGACCAUGCAGGUCGCAGGCAAAUGCUCUGCAUUGUGGAGAAACCUACAUAGGAAAUGCUGUGCAUGGGAGUGUCUUCCACGUGGGAAGGUAUUUCGAGUGACACAGCCCUGAGUUCCUUAGAAACAGCAGACACAAAAUCAACACCCUCUUUGCAUUCCAGUUUCACAGAGCUCUCAUUUACUUCUUCUGAAAAUCAAGCACUAUUUGGGCCAUCCUUUUUCCAUCCCUAUCCAUCCGAAUCUGCAAUGUCUAGAACUGAGAGCUUGAUAUGGAACGAGUCCGGACCAAGAUCAGUAGGACGGAGCCCCUCGGUGGCUAAACCCUCAAGGAUGCUAACAUUUGAUCCUGUUGUACACUCAGUAGAUGAGGUGUCAUCAUUUUCUGAUGAAUCAGCCCGCACUCUAGAGUCAAUCAGGCUUAGAGAGACAGAACCAUCUGAAAUAGUGGCACCCUCUCAAGCCCCAUCAACUGAAGCACCACCUCCAAGUGCACCAGCAGCAGCACCGCCACCAAAUGAGCCAGCAGCAGCACCACCACCACCACCACCUCCACCAAGUGAGCCUGCAGCUGCACCCCCACCACCUGGUGGCCCAGCACCACCACCACCACCAAGCGAGCCUGCAGCUGCACCCCCGCCACCACCUGGUGGCCCAGCAGCAGCACCUCCACCUCCACCUCCACCAAGCGAACCUGGAGCUGCACCCCCACCACCACCUGGUGGCCCAGCAGCACCACCUCCACCUCCACCAAGCGAGCCUGGAGCUGCUCCCCCACCCCCACCCCCACCUAGUGGCCCAGAAGCACCACCAGCACCGCCGCCACCACCACCACAAGGUUAA